AUGCGAUGUAACUGCGUACUAUUGCUUGCUACUGCAGCACCGAUUCAGCCCAUCGGGCUAUUCAACACCAGCAAGCAGUGGCAGCAGCAAGCAGUUUGCAGAGAUUUCAUUGCUGGGCGAGAACGCUUCGGUAUGAGCGAAUUGGAUCAGCUCAGGCAAGAAGCCGAACAGCUCAAAAGUCAAAUCAGGGAAGCCCGCAAAGCUGCCAGUGACACGACGUUGGCUUCCGUUGCUGCUAACCUAGAGCCAAUUGGCCGGAUCCAAAUGCGUACACGGCGCACUCUUAGAGGACAUCUGGCUAAAAUUUAUGCGAUGCAUUGGGCAUCUGAUUCUCGAAAUCUUGUUUCAGCCUCACAAGAUGGCAAAUUGAUAGUUUGGGAUUCAUAUACUACGAAUAAAGUAAGUCCGGAAAAAAUGGUAAUAAUUGAAUUUAGCUCAGAAAUAUUGGCUGCAAUUGUAUACCAAAAUAGCUUUGUUACUUAUUUCUCGAAGUAUACGAGAACACAGGUUCAUGCUAUUCCGUUACGAUCAUCAUGGGUAAUGACUUGUGCAUACGCACCAUCCGGUUCUUACGUAGCGUGUGGUGGUCUCGAUAAUAUUUGUAGCAUUUAUUCACUGAAAACGCGUGAAGGCAAUGUGCGUGUUUCACGUGAAUUACCGGGCCAUACGGGUUAUCUUUCAUGCUGUAGGUUCCUCGACGACAAUCAGAUAGUUACCUCUAGUGGUGAUAUGACAUGGUAAAU